CACUGGGGGCCACUUUCUUAGCCAUUCAGUCGCUGCAUCGCUAAGCUCACUUCAGUGGGCUGUGAGAGAUCGUAGCCUAUCACGACCACCUUCAGCCUUGUGGCGUAUUCAGUUUUGGUCAGCACAGCCCCGCUUCGUGCAUUGCAAUCCUCAAAAACAUCCGCCUUCUCUUCCUUAUACCAUCAGCUCUUCCUUCACCUGCCGUGCUGCCACACGCUGCAUCCAUCUUGACAAAGAUGGACGUUACGGUACACCACACAGCGGCACAAAACGAGAGCGCUUACUUCAAGCAUGAUCCUCUCGAUCACACCAAGCCGUCGAUCCGACUCGUACAUUUACUUCCCUCGCUCUCGCCUAAUGGCCGGAUACAAUGUUCCGUCAUGCAGUCCACUGUCGAUGCCGACUACAUUUGCCUUUCCUACCGGUGGGGAAAUCCUGCCCCCUCGAAAAAGAUCUCGAUCGACGGCAAGGACUUCGCUAUCCGUCAAAACCUCUUUGACUUCCUGACCGCCGCUCGUGAGAAUCACGCAUCUAGUACACCUGCCACUCUUGGGCCGUAUUGGAUCGAUGCACUAUGUAUUGAUCAGUCGAAUGUCCUCGAGCGCAAUCACCAGGUUCGCCAGAUGGGAACGAUCUACACUAAUGCCCUACGAGUCUACGUGUGGCUCGGAAUGAUGAUUUGGGAUCGCCGCACUCUUGUGCCGGUAUUAAAAAAGGCCAAAGCUACCGAAAACGAAUGGAGAACCUUCACCGACAACAAAGACGUACUUAUACAGCGUGUUCUUGACAAUGAUUACUGGACUCGUGCUUGGAUUGUGCAGGAGGUAGCGCUUGCCCGUCAAGUCACUCUAUGGCUAGGCGCAGCCUCCAUUGGUUUGAGCAGCAUGGUGCAGGGACUAGACUAUAUCUGCUAUGCAGAUAAAGAGAUACAAUCGCGUCUCAUAUUUCGACUUGGCCGAAGCUGGCAAAAGGAGUUCUACAAGAACAAGAGCUUGGUUCAUCUGCUUGACUAUUUCCGGGAUCAACAGUGCUCUGACGUUCGCGACCGUAUCUUCUCGCUCCUUUCACUGGUCACUGGUGAUGGCAGAGAUCUGAAAGUCAAUUACCACGUCUCUCGAGCUGAGUUAGCAGCGGAGGUCUUGCGUCAGUGUCAGGGCUCACUAUGCUUCUGCACUGCAUUACUGGUAGUACAGACGCUUGAGCUUGGAACCACGGAUCUCUUAUGUGUAAAGCCAGAUCGUCGCCUAUUACCCUGCCUCGAAUUCUGUAUCGAAUACAUUUCCGCAUCGUCCGCCUUCCUGCCGGGAGCGGAGUCACAAAGCAGGAAGUGGCCUGCGGGUUUCAGCUUUUCUGACACCUGCGAGUCUGUGACAUUGUUUCCUGCUAGACUCAACCGGUACCUCAAGUAUUGGAUUCACACUGGACCUGUGGAGCAACCGCUGUCGCAGAAAGAUGGUGUCGUAUUCAGGCCAGCCGAAGGUUGGGAAAACAUCUACAUUGUACGCAUCUCACUACCAUUUCUCGCAACGAUGAUAACCCACUCCGUGGACAUAUGUGUGCACGCAAAAUCUGAAUCUGCGAGAAGUGGUCUUCCCGCAGGGUAUCCACGAAUUUGCUACGCUUCGGAUCACAUGGAACAGCCAGGGACGGCGGAACCUUCAUCACAAUGGACUCGCGAUGACGCGGUUCAAAGCGUACCCAAACGGAAAAGACGCCCAGAGAAGAAUGACGGAUGGUUCCGAGAAGACGCAGUACAGUGGUCACCUAAAAGGAAAAACAGACGCGUCGAAUAAGAGGGGCUGUGACCGCGAGGAAGGAUCCAGGAAAGGUGUAAGGGUGUAUGAUGCGACCACAGUGCAGUGAAAUCGAUUCAGAACCUGGAUGAGUAUCUGUGAUUGUUGACGAAGAUUGGAAGACAGAAACCCGACUGGAAGGGCAAUGCCUACAGUUAACGUCGUCGCAUCGUAUCGUAUGCCCUGGUCACGUGGUUGUCGUCUGCUGUGCCGCACUAUUACAUGACCUGAGAGCGCGCUAUAUCACGAACAGUUUAAUUAGCCAGACGUGUCACAA